GUAGUACAAAAGCUUCACUCAAUUAUACUAUUUCAAUGAAUGUCGUCAUCAUCAUGUAUACCAUUUGUUCCAAGAUUUUGACAAAAUGCGCUUACGUUUUCUGUGGUUAUGAUUACCCUAUGAUAAAUUGAGGUUAUGUAUCUUAUUUUGUUAAAAUAAUAAUUUAUUUUUACAUUUUUUCUACUUUUUAAAUUCAUCUAAACAAGAAAUUGAAAAUAUAUCAACAAAGAAAUGAAUAUCCAAAAUGUUAAAGAAGAAAUUGAUAUUCAAAAUGUUAAAGAAGAAGUAGAUAUCCACGAUGAUUUUCUGUCCAAUAUCGAUAUGAAACAAGAAUUAAUUGACGUAGUAUCUACGAUAAAAAUUGAAAAUACAAAUGAACAAAUAAAUGAAAUUUGUUCAAUCAAACGAGAAGUGAAUGAUGACUUAAAUACAAUUAAAAUAUUUGAAAAUCGUUCGGAUGUAACUAGUAAAACAAAAAAGAAUAUUCUCAGCACUCACAUAAUAAGAAGUAAAUUUACAUAUUCAAAUGUUGAUUGUGGAAAGCGAACUAAAUCAAAAGGGCUGAUAAGAAAAGGCAAAUAUAUUCAACGAAAUGCUAUGGGAUUAAAGAUAUGUGAAUAUUGUGGAAAAUUUUAUGCGAAAAAAAUAGAAUUAUUAUGCCACAUAGCAAUGAACCAUCGUAAAAAGCGAAACAAAUUAUAUAAUACUAAAAUUCAUUGUAAUAGUAAAAAUUAUACAUGUAUUAUGGAAAAUAUUAAUGUAAAAGAUGAAAUUGAGGUAGUUGAACAUGAAUUGAAAGUGGAAUUGCAGGAAACCUCAAAUCUGUUGGAUGUUACUGAUAAUUUGAUCAAGAGUGUAUGUGAGGGUUCGAAAUCAUCUAAAGAAGGAGGUAUAUCAAAUAUGUAUUCGCAUGAUUACACCACAGCAAAACCAUUCAAAUGUGAUAUUUGUAUAAAACCAUUUGCGAGGAAAAAUGAUUUGAAGGUACAUUUGCGAAGUCAUACAGGAGAAAAACCUUUCAAGUGUGACAUUUGUUUAAAACCAUUUACGAGGAAAAAUGAUUUGAAGGUACAUUUGCGAAGCCAUACAGGAGAAAAACCUUUCAAGUGUGACAUUUGUUUAAAACCAUUUGCGAGGAAAAAUGAUUUGAAGGUACAUUUGCGAAGUCAUACAGGAGAAAAGCCAUUUGAAUGUGACAUUUGCUCGAAAACAUUUUCACAGAAAGUCAGUUUAAAGAAACAUUCACUUAUUCACACAGGGGAAAAACCAUUCAAUUGUGACUUUUGUUCAAAAUUUUUUACAGAAAAAACUUAUCUUAAAAUACAUUUGCGUGGUCACACAGGAGAAAUGCCAUUUAAAUGUGAUGUUUGUUUGAAAACAUUGUAUUGUAAAACUGAUUUAACUAAUCACAUGCGUAGUCACACGGGGGAAAAGCCAUUCAAAUGUCACAUUUGCUGGAAACUAUUUUCUAAUAAAAGUAAUUUAGUUAAACAUGUGCGUAGUCACACGGGGGAAAAGCCGUAUAAAUGUGACAUUUGUCUGAAACCGUUUUCACAUAAAAGUAAUUUGAAUACACAUAUGCGUAGUCACACUGGAGAGAAGCCAUUCAAGUGUGACAUUUGCAUGAAAUCUUUUACGCAUAAAAGUAAUUUAAACAAUCAUUUGCGCAGUCACACAGGAGAAAAACCAUUCAAAUGUGACGUUUGUUUGAAACAAUUUUCUUCUAAAAAUUAUUUAAAUGUACAUAUGUCCAAUCACACGGGAGAAAAACCAUUCAAAUGUGACAUUUGUUUGAAACCAUUUUCUCAUAAAACUUAUCUAAAAGUACACGCGCGUAUUCACACGGGAGAAACCCGUUCAAAUGUGACAUUAGAUUAAAAAAUUUUUCACUUGCAAGUGUUUUGAAUGUAAAAGUGAUAUGCGCGUAGCACAUGUUCCCAGCCCCACAGACUUUUUGAAAGCGACCCCCCUUCCAAGAAAACAAUUUUUUAUUCUUCCACUAACGAAUUCGUACCUGAUUGACCCCCUGAGCGACCCCCCUUCCCAGAUCGUAUCUGAUUGACUUUAAAUUAAAUAUUGUUUGAACAGAAGGGGGGACAACCCGUCUACUUGUCUUACUCCUGUGGUGAUAUCGAAAGUAUCUGUGAAUUCUUUUUCUAGUCUGACCUUUCCUUUUGAGCCAUUUUUAAAAGUCUUAUUAUCUUUUCUGGUAUGUUAUUCUCUCUGAGCACACUUUUGAUCUUAUUAGGCUAUCAUAAGCCUUCCUAAAGUCAAUAAAUAGUAAAUAUUGGUAUUGUUAAAUCCUUACAAAUUGCUUUUAAAUUUUGAUAUGUUAGUUCUGAAAUAAACCAUUUCUCAUUAUAAACAUUCUCCUGCUUUGUUUAUUGCUCCUUAGAUGAAAUCCUCAUUAAAGUUGACUUUGUAAAAUACUUUUGAUGGGUUUUUCUUAUUGUUACAAACAAGUUCGCGAAAUAAGUCCUUACGCCGGCCUGUCCGGCUAUUAUUAUAAGUUAGUGUAGUGUAUGGCGUUUAAAUAAAUUAAGAACAUAAGAGACAGUGUUUAUUAAUUAACCACGAAUAGAAAUCGUAUAAAUAAAUAAGAAAAACAUUACAUUAUUAUAAUACAGCCAACAACACACUAAGUAAUAGUGUCUGAAAUUAUUGAAAAUGAUUUAAAAUCUAUUAGACUAUAAUUUGGACAUUCUGGAACCGUUCAUACUGAACACUC